CCUUAGUAGUACGGAACGCUGGUGAAAAAUGAAAAAUAACAGGAAGGAAGAAAGCGACAGUUGCAAUAUUAGAAUUUACACUUGAAAAGUGGGGAAUGCAUUAUAGUCUCCCCACGCACACGUUCAACCAAAUCCAAUGGCGCCCGAAACUUCGCAGUUCGAGUCGUGCGAGAUGCUGGGAGCGUUUCUGGCCUCCACGCCGCUCGUGGAGGAGACGUGGCGGCUCUGCCGCCGCGCCGACGCCGACGCGCAGCGGAGCUUCGUCGCGCAAGAGUCCGGGAGAGUGUCGUACGUGGCGUUUUCCGGCGUGCAAGCGGUGGCGCGGUCGCGGGAUAUGGUGGAGUUGGAUGAGAAAGUUUUCGGGUGGUUUAGGCGGGGUGUGGAAGGCAAAGGAGCAGUGAUGGUUGAUGCGCCGCUGCUCCAACUUUUCCUCUCUUUUUAUGCCUCUCUUCAUUUUCAACAACAGAUAUCGGAAGUGUUGAAGCAGAGCAAAUCAGUAGUGUUUGGCGGGCACUCGGUGGGAGGCGCAAUCGCUUCUCUCUCAGCCCUUUGGCUCCUAUCCUACAUCCGAACCGCCUCUCCGCAGCAUCCCAUAUCCGUUUUGUGCAUCACCUUCGGCUCGCCUAUGCUGGGAAACCAAUCGUUCUCACAAGCCAUCAUCCAAGAAAGAUGGGAUGGGAAUUUCUGUCACGUCGUGGCGCCACACGACCUACUUCCGAGGCUGCUCUCCGCUCCUUUGGCCUCGGACAUGAUCACUACCGAUGAGGAGAAGGCUCGGUUGUUCAACAACGCAUUAAGAAAAGAUGAAGAUGAAGAGAGAUGUUCAUAUUGGCCUUUCGGAAACUACAUGUUUUGCAGUGACAAGGGGGCGGUGUGCUUGGACAACGCAACGGCCAUCCUUAAAUUUCUCUACUUGACAAUGGCGGCGGCGUCUUCGCCUACUUGUAGCGUCAACUACGAGGAUUAUGUCGCCAAACUGUCUUGCCACUACUUGAAGAUGAGAAGCUCCACCGCUCACUACGACUCCAGCAACGAAGCAGGGGUCGCUUUCGCAUUGCAAACAUUAGGCAUAUCUUCACAUCAGGAAGCUGCGGCAACGAGGUGCCUGGAUGGAGCACGACGGGUGGGAUGGCCGCGGAGCCUGAACAACGCGAAGAUGGCGGUUUCGCUAGGUAAGAUCAACCCGUGCAGAGCCGAGAUAGAGUGGUACAAGAAAUACUGCGACGACUGCGGCGAUGAGUUGGGAUACUACGACGCUUUCAAGCGACGAGGCGCGUCGAGGAGAGAAUUCAAGGUAAACAUGAACCGGCUGAGGCUGGGGCGCUUCUGGGAGCAGCUGAUCGAGAAGAUGGAGACGAAUCAGCUGACGCGCGACUUCCACAAGCUGGCCAAGUACGUGAACGCCUCCAACUUCUACAAGCUCCUGGUGGAGCCCCUAGAGAUCGCGGAGUAUUACAGGACGGGGAAGCACAGGGAGAAGGGGCACUACAUCCAGCACGGCAGGGAGAGGAGGUUCAAGAUGUUCGAUAAGUGGUGGGGGGAGAGAGUGUGUGGAGAUGAAGAAGCUACGCCCAGAAGCAAGUAUGCCAAUUUGACGCAGGAUUCCUGCUUCUGGGCUCGGGUGGAGGAGGCCAUCUGCUUCAUCUACGACGUCGUUGCGGAGGCCGAUGCCGGGAGGCGUUUGAUGCUGCUUCACAAGAUUGACGAGUUUGAGAAGUACGCGAGCGGGAUGGUGGAGAGGAUGGAGGUAUCUGUGGAUGUUCUGGCCAAGAAUUCGAGUUACAACUUGUUUAGGCAAGAAUGGGGAGAACUUAGAGCUCAGCUGCAGCUGCAGUUGCCGCCGCCGUCUCAUUUUCCUCGUUUUCAAGAUGGGAUGGUUCAGUAGAUUGGUUUAAGGUAAGCCACCUCAAAUAAUUUUCACCAACACAUAAAUAUUGGUGUUAUGAAUGUAUAAUAUUGUGAUGAGAUGCACAUAUUCUUAAGUGUGACUCAAUUGCACUAGUAAUUUUAUAUAGAGAUAGAAAGUGGUUAUAUAAAAAUUAAAUUUAUAAUAAAUAUUAUAAUACAUUUAUUAGUGGAUAAA